AUGCGUGUCAAGUGGAGUGGUAGUAUAGGGAGGAGGUUGAGAGAAUCCCAAGAUGUUGUUCGACUUCUCAGAGCAUGUUUAAACCUCUCCUCCUCCACUAGAAACGGCGAGUCUAUCCAUGCCUCUGUGGUUAAGCAGGGAUUCCUCGCUUUCACUUCCGUCGCUAAUUCUAUGAUGGACUUCUAUGCUAAAUCUGGAGAUUUGGGUUCUGCCCUCCUUGUUUUUAACUACUGCAUCCCCAACAAAGAUUCAGUUUCCUGGAAUGUAAUCAUUCAUGCCCACUUACACCGUUCUGUUGCUUCUCCCCGAGGAUUAUGCUUCUUCACUCAGGCUUGGGCUGCUUCAGGUUUUCAACCCAAUAUCUCCACUUUAGUGCUUGUCAUUCAAACUUAUCGCUAUCUUAGAGCUUUUGAGGCUGGGCGGACGGUCCAUGCUUCUACCAUUCGUGCUGGGUGUUCAACUGUUACUUCCCUCCAAAACUCGCUCCUCCGUUUCUAUGCUGAAUUCCAAAUGCAGCUUGCACAUAACCUCUUCGAUGAAAUGACUGACAGAGACGUUAUCUCUUGGACUGUCAUGGUUGCUGCCUAUGCCCAAACUCACGAGGAAACUCUGGUUGCUCUCGAGUUGUUCCGACGGAUGGUUGAUUCUGGGAUAAAAUCAGACGGACAAUCAGUGGUAAGUGUACUCAAAGCCUGCAGCAAAUCGAAGGCCGUUAGAAUGGGAGAGUCAAUUCACGGAUUUGUCAUCUCUAGAGCUCUGGGUUAUGAUGUGUUCGUACCCAAUUCUCUGAUCGACUUGUAUUCUAAAUGCAACCACAUGGAUUCUUCAUUGAGAGUUUUCCGCGAAAUUCCUGAGAAGAAUGUUGUGUCCUGGAACACUUUCUUGUCAGGACUUGUGCAGAAUGAGAUGCAUUCCGAGGCCCUUACUUUAUUUGAUUCGAUGCGGAAGGCCGGAGUUGAAUCUGAUGAGGUCACUCUGGUCAAUCUGCUGCAGUUAUGUAAGUCCUUCCUUGACCCUGACCAGUCCAAGUUGAUACAUUCCAGAAUACUCCGACGAGGUUUUGAGUUGAAUCAGUUGGUUACAAACUCUUUGAUCGAUGCAUAUGCAAGUUGCAAUCUCAUAACUCAUGCAUGGAAUCAAUUUAGUAAUUUGAAAACACGAGAUGCAGUAACUUGGAGCACCAUGAUUGCCGGCUUCACCCACUGUGGCAUGCCUGACGAAGCAAUUGCUGUUUUCCGAGAGAUGAGCCACACCACUGAACCGCCCAAUGCCGUUACCAUGUUAAAUCUUCUCGAAGCUUGUUCUCUUUCUGCAGAUAUGAAAAGGUCAAGGUGCGCUCAUGGAAUUGCUAUUCGAAGAGGAUUGGCGUCUGAUGUGGUAGUGGGAACUGCGAUCUUAGAUAUGUACUCAAAAUGUGGUUCUAUUGGAUCUUCGAGAAAAGUGUUUGACCUGAUUCCACACAAGAAUGUCGUGACCUGGAGUGCCAUUAUCGCAGCAUAUGGUAUGAAUGGCUUCCCAAAUGAAGCUCUAGCUCUACUUGCUGAGAUGAAAGCGUGUGGCCUAAGGCCAAAUCAAGUUACUGCACUGUCUCUUUUAUCCGCUUGUAGUCAUGGGGGACUGGUUGAAGAAGGGAUUUCUCUUUUUGAGGAGUUGAUUUGGGAUCAUGAAGUUGAACCCUGCUUAGAACAUUAUUCUUGCCUUAUAGAUCUGUUAGCUCGGGCUGGAAAGGUUGAUAGUGCAAUGAAUUUGAUAAGAAAGCUACAUGAUGGACUAAAGCCUGGUGCAAGUGCAUGGGGGGCGCUCUUGAGUGCUUGUAGGAACUAUGAAAACUAUGAGUUUGGUGCCAGUGCCCUCCCUCAAGUACUUGAACUCGAGCCAUCAGGCUCGGCUGGAUAUCUGCUUGCAUCAAACAUGUAUGCAUCAGGUCAUUCAUGGGUUGAUGCCACUAAAAUGAGAAUGCUGGCUAAGGAGGGAAGUGUCAAGGUGAUAGCUGGCUAUAGCUUAGUGUAUGCCAAUGGUAAGGCCUGCAAGUUUCUUGCAGGAGAUAAACACCAUUCUUUGUCUGAUGAAUUGCAGUUCACCAUUCAACAAUUGCACUCAUACAUGAAAAUGGACGUCGCCUGCUGAUAGGAGAUUCUUUUGUUUUCAAGUAAAAGCGACAACUUUCCACAACUAAAGAGCUAUCUUUCUUUCGCUGCAAAACUCUUGAUUGUUGGAAGGGAGCUUGUAAAAUAUACUCGAAAGAAAGGUGGUUGGAAUGAGGAAACGAAUCCUCCAUUCGUCAGUUGGUAGGUUUUGUAUUGCAAUCUAAUGAUCGGGUAAAAGGUACCUUAGAAGUGGGCUAUACAUAAUGUCUGUGGCGGUAGGGGCUCAGAGGCUCUACUUGGAGGUGACCUGGAUGAGUGAGGUGAUUCAUCCCAGGGCUAAUGCACAAGACAAUAGAAAAUAAGAGAUGAACAUGGUCACCAGAGUUCCUUUUUAAAUAUCUUCUUUUCUUC